AUGGAAUCUAGCUUGAAUUUCAAUGACCCGUGGGAUUCGGAGAUGACAAUAGGUAGUGGUAGCGAGAUCGCUGUCGCAAGGUCGGAAGAUAUAGACGACGGGCUUGAAGAUGCCGACUUUGAUACCGCGUCCGCAAGCAAGUUUGGGAGUAUUACUUCGUCUAUAUAUCGCCAUGCCUACGAGAACGGCCGAAGAUACCAUAAGUAUCGAUACGGAGCUUAUCUCAUCCCAAAUGACGAGACUGAGCAGAAUAGGGAUGACAUCAAACAUGUAGCAAGCUUAGAGCUCACGAGGGGGAAAUACUUUUUUGCCCCAAUCGGUGAAACCCCUCAGAAAAUAAUAGAUUUAGGUACUGGAACCGGGUCUUGGGCCAUCGAAGUCGCCGAUAUGUUCCCCAGCGCCCAAGUUGUCGGGUGCGACUUGAGUCCUAUUCAACCUUUCUGGGUCCCCAGUAACGUCAGUUUCGUUGUUGACGACAUCGAAGACGAAUGGGUUCAUGGCGACGAUUGGGAUCUUGUUCACAUUCGUCAGGUCUUCUCGGCGAUUAGAGACCCCCCUGGAGUUUGCAAGCAGAGUUUCAGGGACCAAAGCCAUCUGAAAUCUGGCGGUUGGAUAGAAGUCCAGGAUUUCGGCGGUAUUUUGAAAUGCGACGACGAUACACUGCCUACAAAAUCUCUACUCUCUGAAUUUUAUGAAAUGACAAGUGAAGCGUUGUCUAAGCUUGGGUUAAGGUGGUCUAUUGCGAACGAUAUGGAAGAAGUGCUUAGGGAUGCUGGCUUCAUCAACAUCCAAUGCAAAAAGUUUAAAUGUCCCAUCGGCGUCUGGCCGAAGGCUAAGAGGCUCCGUCUGAUCGGGCUAUGUCUGAAGCUAUCAUUUGCAGACCUUAUGGAUGCUCUCGCGCCCAAGGUUUUCCCAACGCUUUCGAAGUCGGCAGAACAGAUGGAGGAGUUCCUUGCGAGCGCGCACGACGAAUUGCAAGAAACCAAUGCCCAUAUAUACCUUGAUUAUUUCUUUUGGUAUGCUCAAAAGCCUUUGAACUAUUAA